AAUGAAAAACACGUGUGAAAAAGACAAAAGUUACAUUCAAAUGAACUUAAAUAAUCUUUUACGUAGUAUAUUUUUAACAUUGCUCUAGCGGAAUAACUUUUGUUUGAUCUGUCUCGGCGAUAAUCUUAAUCUUGUAUAUUUCACAUAAACACAGGUGUGAGGUGCUCUUGGAUAUAAAAAGGGAACCACUUCCCAUUAAAAAAAAUAAUAUAGAGUUUCUCCUUUGUUAUUUGAAGUCACGAUUACCUUGACCGUUAACAAAAUGAAAACGCGAGGGAAUCCGGUUUCGAUUCUUGACUUGAACGAAUUCACUAGUUGCAAAACAUACGGUUGUUAUUAAUAAUUCAUCCGUUAUGAAUUAAUACUUAUUAAUCUAUAUUGAUUUCAAGAUUGACAGAAGGUCAUAAAUUAGUAGAAUAUUGAAAAGGUUAAUUGCAUUGACAAUUAAGCAUAUUAUUGGCAUACAUUUUAUCAACACCUGAAAGAAUGAUUGGCUGAAAUUACCAAUUCCAACUGUAUUUUAACUCAACAGCCUAUUCUUUAUUAAAUGAUGUAAAAUACUCAAAUAACUUAGAUUUAAUUGGCCGGCUUAAUCAGGUUGUUUAGCGAAAAGAUUUGUAACAUUACGAUGAUUAAAACAUACGGAUCCGAAGAAAUACUUGAUAAAGAGUAGUUCGAAGUGCCUAUAGGAAUACCGCCUGAUCCAGCAAACCUAGAAAUAAGGUGUUGCAGCUGUGACCAUUCCGUAUUCGGCGGACUUUCGGAAUAAAAGGAAAAUUUAGGAUUCAGUCCUACUACUCUACUCCCAGGAUUUGGAAGAUGGAAGCUGUGAGGAAGCUCAUCAAAUAUAUAUGUUCACUCACAAUGCAAGCUGAUGAAGUCCUACAACUCUUCAAUAACUAUGGAAAAUACCCAAGAAUUAUCUACUUCUUACUCUGUUUUGUUAUUUUACGUGGAGUUUUUUCUGUGUUUUCCAUUAUGUACAUUGCUCCGACGACAUCACACACAUGCAAGUCUGAUCGAUGGAACUCUUCUAGUGCCUCAGUAGUCACUUCAGACUGUUCUGUAUUUGUCUACAAUGGAACUGACAAUGUCACAUAUGAAUGUAUGGAUUGGUCUUACGACAAAUCUCCCGAAGAAUCCAUAAUAGCACAGUGGAACUUGGUGUGUAAUCAAGAUUACAUCAUUCACCUCUCAACAGCCAUCUACAUGGUUGGGAAUCUCUUUGGAUGCCUCAUUUUAAUGCCAUUCGCUGACAAGUUUGGUCGAAAGUUAAUACUUAAUUUUCUUCUUAGCAUCCAACUGAUUCUAAAUUUUGUCUUGAUCUUCAGUAACUCCAUUAUAACGUUCACCAUUUUACGGUUUUUUAUUGGUGCUGCUAACAUUACAAUAGCUUUGUUAGCAUACUGUAUGUUAUCCGAAGUCUUGCCUUCAACUCGCCGAACAUUACGUGUAAUUGGUGCUUCUUCAUUUUGGUCGCUCGGCAUCAUGUCCCUGGCACUUUUUGGUGCUCUCAUUUCUGACUGGAAGAUUUUGCAAAUUGUUCUUUCAUUACCAAAUCUUGUUGUGAUUUUCUUGUGCUGGCACCUUCCUGAGUCAAUAUCCUGGUUAUUUACUCACAAAAAAUUUGGAAAAAUCAUGGAAAUUUUUAAGUGUGCUGCAAAAUGGGAUAAAAAAAAUCUACCCUGUGAUUUUAAUUUAGAAACAUUGCAACAUUCUCAAAACCAUGAUUUAUUGCUAAAUGACAUUAAAGUGAAAAAUGAUUUUCCUUCAAAUAGCACACUGAAUAAAUCACAGGAUAGCAGCUAUGAACAAAAAAGCUACCAAAGCAAGAAUUCAAUAAAAGACUCUCAAGAACAACCUGCAGAAUCUACAGAAAACCCUUGUGCUAAACCUGGAAAUAGUAACAAAAAUAUCACAGAGAAUGACACUUGGCAGUGUACAGAACUGAUGACAUUAAACAUCAAGUCAUUGUUUUCUACACCAAGAAUGCUGGGAUAUACACUUAUAAUGUUUUAUAUAUCGACAAUAAACAGUUUAAGUUAUUUUGGAAUAAUUCUCAGUACACCAUCUCUGCCAGGAAACUUAUCUUGGAAUCUCUUCUGGACUGCAAUCUGUGAGAUAUUUGCAUAUAUAGUGACAAUGUUGAUAGCAAACAAAUUAGGCUGCCGCUAUCCCAUGUCAGCAAUGAUGCUAAUAGCUGGCUUUUCAAACUUGAUAGCAUACGUUUUAAUCACCUUUUAUACUUUCCAGACACCUCUGAUAUACAUCUUUACAAUACUCUGUACAAUGGUUGGUAGGUUUGGCAUGAGUGGAUCCUACAGUAUAUUAUACCUUCUCUUUACAGAACUUUUCCCAACGGCUAUCAGAAAUCAAGCAAUGGGUUUUGCUUCAUUUUUUGAAAAUCUUGGCGGAAUUUUUGCACCAAUUAUACUUUUAACAACAAAAGAUAUACCAUUUGUGAUAUUAAUUAUUUUUGGUGUGCUGAAUGUAAUUGGUGCUAUUCUAGUCCUGCUGUUACCUGAAACCCACCUGAAAGCUCUGCCAGAGUCUGUGGAACAAAUUGAAGGAUGGUCUGAGAAACCUUUCUAUCAAAUCUUUUGCUGUCGGACUGUGAAAAAUGCCACUGAAAAACAGUUCACACAGGGAGAAAUAAGCUGAAAAAGAGGGAGGUGAAGAAGACAAGUUAGGUAGCCUCAUUGGGAUUAUGUUACUGGUGUUAAUAAACUGAUUUAUAGAGCGGAGGGGGACACGCCUAUAUUCUUUUUAUGUACAUUUGUCGUUUUUGUUACUAUCAUCACCAUUAUCAUUAUCAUCAUCAUCAUUGUUUUACUAUCGGGGAGAUCAAUCACCACUAAACUCAAUAAAAAAAAUAAACUCCUUGAAGUUUUCAUUUAUCUCUUUA